GAGAGCUUUGGGAGGGUGUCCUAUUUUUCAUCCUUUUGCGUUCUCGGGUUUGCGUGCAUGUUUCGUCCCGAAUCGAACUGUAUCUGCGAGUUUCGUGCCCUUCCCCUGUAGCCUCUCUUAGAUUUGUGUCCGUUGCUCGCCGUGACCCCUUCGGAAAGUGAAAAUGACAGCUGAUGAGGAAGAGGACAUCCCAGGCUCUGGGGCAGUAUGCACCUUUGGGAAGACCCGGUUCGCUGGCAACAUGCCUGGAAUGUUUUGGGUGAAAAACGAUCCCGUCAUUCACGUGGCCUGCGGGGACGAACACUCCGUCUUCAUAACGGCGGGAGGCCGUGUGUUCAGUUUUGGCAGCAAUGAGUAUGGCCAGCUUGGGCACGGUCACAAGAACACAGUGGUGCGACCGAAAUGCGUGAAAGCAUUGAAAGACCAGAGGGCUGUUCUCUUAGCAUGUGGACGGGCUCACACACUAGUUGCCACAGAUGACCAUCGGGUGUAUGGUUUUGGCGUCAACACCGAACACCAGCUGGGGCUCAACUCUCAAGAAUUUCAACACCCGGAGCCCGCUCUCAUCACCGCACUCACUGGGCUGCAGAUAAAACAGCUGGCUGCUGGGGCCGAGCACUCCGUGGCACUUACAGACAAGGGAACGGCUUAUGUCUGGGGUGGCGGCAAGGAGGGCCAGCUGGGUCUUGGGACCAAGGCCACGGUUCCCUCGCCCCUGGAGCUCAAAGUGGACAUCAGGAUAAUGUGCGUUUCGACGGGCUAUUACCACACUGCCAUUGUUUCAGUUGAUGGCAUUUUGUACACAUUCGGAGAGAGGGACGGAGGAAAGCUCGGCUUGCCAAAAACUCUGUGCUGCAAGCGCUACAACAAGCCGACAGAGGUCUCGACGAUCCCAGGAAAAAUAGUUUCGGUCUCGUGCGGGGGGACUCACACAAUGGCGCUCACAGCCGAAGGAAAAGUGUAUGCUUUUGGUGAUGGCCGGAAUGGACAGCUCGGGCUUGGGAACAAGACGCUGCAGAGCAACAAGCCGCAGCUGAUUCCAUUUGUAGAAGGCAUCAAGAUUGCGAAGGUCGUCUGUGGAGAAAGCCACACUGCUUUUCUCUCGGAUAAGAGGCAGCUUAUGACGUGCGGAGAUGCCCGCCACGGAAAGUUGGCACUGGUCACUAACGAUGCCUCUGCAAACCAGUUUACGCCAGCCUUGGUAGAGGAACUGCUUUCAUACCAAGUCCAACAGGUUGCCUGUGGUGGCUGUCAUACGCUGGUUCUUGUCAUUCCUGGAUCUGGCCAGGAAGUCAACGCAAAUAAUGAGAUUGGUGCUACAGGUGAUGUGAAUGGGGCACGUGCCAAGAGGCGUCAUCGAAAGGCGGCACUAAUUGAAAACGAACAAGACGAACCAGAUGCCUGCGAAGAAGAUUCGCACGUUACGGCGAGAGUACUAAGCGAAACGAGUCGGCAACCACGAAAGGCGCCGCUACUUGUGGAAGCUGCAACGGACACCAGUAUACGUCACGUGGACAGCGACGUCAGCGACGACGACACGUCAGAAAUGUCCGUGCUGAACAAGACACAAGUGAUCAACCACAUUGGAUCCAAGGAGAUAUUGUCUGCCCUUGAUCAAGAUGAGAAGCCGCCAGGGCUAAAGAAGGAUUCCGCAAAAUCACCUCAAGGAGCACUUCAGAAUGGAGAUAAAGCCAAGCUGAAUGGUCCCAAAGAGGAGAAACCCGCGGUUCCCGUUCCAGAAACACCAAAGAAAACGGUUUCACUGGCCGGCCAACCCAAGACCGACAGCGAGAGUGAAGAAAGGCGUGACAAAGUUCGGUGGCUUCCGGCACACAAAGACUCGCCGAAACACCGCAAGGAACUGGAACGAAUGGCUGAGAAGGCCGCCGAGAAAUCCUCUGAGGACUGCUCAGACAAAGGAACGCCAACAAAGCGUGGAAAAAAGAAGAAAGAUGCGGAAGGAGACAAGGAGGCCUCUAAAGAUGGAAAAGGAGAUGGAAAGGAUUCAAAGUCGUCAACCUGCGUUGUCAUGUGACCUGCACACGGGUCAACCACUGAUGGACGACGCUUGUCUGCCCUCGUUUCUCAACAUUUUUCGACAAAGGCAACUUCAUGCAGCACGCUUCCUAGCUUUUUUGUUUUUCCUCACAACAGCAUCUGCUCUUAAACCUUCUUCUGAAGCAAGCAGCAAAACGAUUGCUCCUGCUUUGCUCGCAGCAACCAGAUGUGCAAAGAGGAUCCCGUUGCAUUGUCGUCUGCAUCCGGUGAAUUAGCAUUUUCUGUCUGGUUGGUGAAGUGACCUUGUUUUAAGUGUGACUUCGUUUUGAAAUGUGCAAUGUUUUGUCCGUCUGCUGUUUGCUUUUCUGUUUUAACUGAUGGUAAGCACCCCAUUUUUUUUUUGUCUGCGUGAAUGUUCGUGUUUUCUGUCUCUUUAAGUGGCGAUUGUUGAACACCUGUCGUGUUACCGCUGCUUUGGAGUUCUGUUUACCAGUCUUAGGGAGCCUUGAACAACGUUGUUUCUUGUGUUUGUUUAAAUGUAAGCCCCACAGCCUACCCACAUUAUGUGAGCCAAGUGUUUUAUGUUGGAAAGGCUCAUAUGAUUAGGGGUGGAGGCACUGCUCUUCUUUCUUCUUUGAGAAGUUAGCCAGCCCUUGCAGGUAACUGAUCGUGUGUCCAGCAGUAGUUACUAAAUGGUCAUUAUUGAGGCUGGCAGUAAUCAUUACAGCUGCUUAUACACACGAAACAUAACGUUAUCGCAAAUACAUCGAGGUGGAGUCGUAGAACAUUACCCAUGCUCAUGCUGACGGGUGUCGUAUCAUGCCCAAUACGCGUAGUGUAGCGUGAAAGGCAUUCCGGCUACGUGGAAGCUUCAAUUCGCUGUUCCUACAAUACGUACCACGGUGAUGAUAAGCGUGCCCCUAGUAGUGGUGACCAUGCUUCAUUCAUGUUAUCUAUUCUGGAGAUGACGUAUUUUCACUUCAUUACUGUGUAACGCUUUUGAUUGCUGGGGCUCGAUGUUCUAUGUGAUCAUUGCUUACGGGGAUUCGUGGAGCUAGCCCAAGCGAUGAGCGGUUCCUGCCUGGCCUACCCUAAAUUUUAUACUCCUGCCUUGGUGCACUAAACAAAUCUGUACUGCAAAAAGUUUUAUCUUUCCGUAACAGUGGUGCUAACCGAUGCACACCUUGUCUUUCUGUAACAGUACGUUUUGGCUGCUACCAGAAGUCUCGAGACACCCAGUUAAUCCGCGUUUAUUUUAUUGGCUAACCGUGUCGGGCAUGCUGGGAACAAUCCACGUACAAGGUUUUCAAUCUUUUGUCUCGCGGUAUGCAAGAUAUGUUUUGUAAAAGUGUGUUUGGACUUGUUUGAUCAACUAUUUAAUUAGUGAACGCACUUUACUUCAGUGCCACUAUGAGAUCGAGCAGCGUUUGAGAUAAAAUCAUUACUGUUCGGAAUUUUAUUCUUCCAAAUGAUCACCCCCGGAUUAUUCGCUGUCGGUUUCGACGUUUACAUGCUACAUGAUGCUGGUGAGCAUCAUGUAGCUUCGUCAGGAAUUAUUUCGUUUUUUGUUUCUCACUCAUGUUUUUCACUGCACUGGACGCCUGGUUCAGGCCAGAAGCCAAAAUUAUGUUUGGUCAACGGAAAUGGCCAUCUAGCGCGAGUUGUUCGGGGCUGCUUGAGGUUAAAUUCAUGGCAGGUUUGUUUGACACACACCUUGGAUGGCUUUGUGCUGUGCACUCGCAUUGUACUUUCUGCAUGCGCGUUUGUUCUCACUGAAGGGCACAUGGACUGAGCUAUGGUGGAGAACAUGAGAAAACAUGCAAUGCGUAACAGCUCCUUUUUAUACCACGCACUAGUUUCUUUUUUUUUUUUGUUUAUGUACUUUAUCAACAUAUGGUAGUGCGACAAGCUUUGCGAGAUUUCUUUUUACUUGGCACCGAUGCUCAGGUGUUGCGUUGUUGGGAACAAAGCAAAGUUCACAAUUCAGCGCCGCCUGCCCAGUGCUGCGUUGCUGUACAAGGCGGAGUAUAUACGUCGCUUUUCGAUAUUUGAGGACACCGAUCGAGGUCAGGCGUUUCCAAACGCUAUGGGCUCAGGGAAAAUGCCAAGAACUUUCAAAAUACCCAUGAAUCCGAGCGAACUUAUUCUAGCCAGACACUCCUGUACUGAGGAUAGGAUAUAUGGCUUGACACGAAUGCUAGCACUUGGUAAAAUUUCGACCUCUUUAUUGCGCCUGGAGAAAGAUGAGUGUGGCAGGUAUAACGUUCCGAAUGAUGCAUUGAUCACUUGUGCGGUGUAUCCACUGUGCUUGUGCUUUCAGGCCAUGAUUUAGUUAGAGACAAGAGAUGGAAAGUUCUAGUGACAGUGGCAUGAUAUUGGCUCGGAUGCCUCCGGCCUAAAACAAAACAAACAAGCUUGGAAACCAGUCACCUCGUUGUUAGUGCAAUAAGAAGCAAAUGAACAUAUUUCCAUGUUGGGGUGGGAAUAUGUAUGAAACUGUCAAAACAGCAAGGCAGCCUAACAGACCGAAAAAAUCUUUUCCCAGGCUAUCCCAGUGAGAUUGGAUGUACACGGUGCGUCUAAAUGCAGGAAGUGCUCCGUAAUAACGGCUCUUUACAGCACAGUGAGCACUUCGCGACGUAUUGUUGUGCCGCUUUUUGAGCAAACACCUAUGGCCUGUUUGUAGCUGUUCACAAAAUGCGGGAUGCCGUCGCUGUUGCAUGCUGCAUUUUACUCGCAUGUGUCUUCUUUACAUCGAUUGCAGUGCACACAAUCUUUUAUUUUUUCAGGGGUGAAGUGUGCCGCUUGCUGACUACCAUUUUUCUCCGUCUCGUUUCACCUGAAGUUCUUUUGCAUUUAUUAGCCACUUCGUUCUUUGAGGCUGAGCCAAAGUGCACUUCAAUUCACAAAGCUGGCUAAAGCGCACCAUACUUUUUGUGACGCAAGUUGUGCUUAUGCUAUGAAAGACUGCCUUGCCUUGGUAAUGCCUGCCUCCUACCUUUUAAGGCAAAAGAUGCCUCAGGAGAAAAGGUUUUUUUUUUUCGUUUUUGUUUUGAUUUGACAGUUCUAAGUACUACUUCGCGAAAAUGUCGCUAUAGCAGUGUCCUAGCUGCCUUUUUUAUCAGCAUCAUGUGGCUUUCUAGCUAGCAGCAGAGGAAGCUCGCCAUUGUCACAGGAAUCUACAUCACAUCUUGAAGAACGUUCAUUUUGGUGGUACUAUCACAAUGUUUAGCUGUGACUUGUGGAUUAGGAAAUGGCAGAGACACGGAAAACACUGCUGUAUUUACACUGUCUGUGCGCUUGCAGUUACGUACAAGAUGUCAAACCUCAUGACGAAGUGUCGUCUGACACAAAGAUACCUUUGUUACAUCUAACAUUCAUUAUAAUCGUUUGUUACUCACUGAUAUUGGAGAGAAAAACUUUAUUUACAUUGUUGUAUUGUAUACUAUCAUACAUUAUAUUCACUUUAUGUCAAGAUCCAGUGGUAUAGCUACAAGCGAACCCUGACAUGAACAAAAGACUUUAUUAUGCCCAAUGCUUUAUUAUAUUUGAUAAUUCUUGUAUGCGAGAAAAUCUUAAUUUAUGUAUGUCUAUCAAUAAUUUGUUCUGUCCGUAUUCAUUACAUCGAUCUUCAAUUGUAGUGACAAGUUAGGUAUAUGGUAAAUGCAUUUUCAUUAUGCUAUUUCUUUAUUAGCUAACGAGCAACUUUUGUCUGGAGUACAUUUUCCACUCGUGAUCUAUGUGACGAAAAACCCAACACCAGGCUGUGCUCCUGGCCCCUUCUUUCUUCAUAUUAGAACUCUAGUGAUCCGAAGGGGUAAAGAUGUCUUGGUCUAUAGAGCUAUAUUGUCAAGCAUUAAGACUGAGGCUUCUUUGACCAACAACCCAGCUAUGGGUGAGGUUUCGGUAACAGUGGUGUAUACAUAUACUUCUCUCAACAGGUGAAAAAUCUUGAUUCAAUGAUUCAUGCAAAACAAAACGUUCUCAUUCAUUCUGGGACAAACGCGCUUCCCAGGUAUUAGUUACCAAGCACAGUAACUGUACUUUUGGGACAGAAUAGUAGGCUGUUGUUAGGUGGUACAGGAAGGGGGGGGGGGGAGGUAUGUGUGUGUGCUUGCAGAUAAGAGCAGUGUGUAGAGCCUGAUUUAUUGCUCAGUUUUGCAACACUUCUCGUAGAGUCAUUGUAGUUGACGAGGGUGUGGCUACAGCUCGUAGAGCUGCAUUUGCUUUAGAUGGGUAACUGCAAUUGCAGACUACAAAGGAUUAAAUAUGCAAACAGGCCUCGCUUAAAAAAAAAAAAAACGAAGGACGUAGAUGCCUUGUACGACGACCUUCCCUACCGCAAUUCUUGCUGAAUGUUUCUGGUUGUUUAGGCAAAGUGCAGCUACCAACAACGACAAGGUAAACAAUCAAAGCUGACGACAGUGCUUUAAAAAUAAGUUUGAAGCACACACUGACAGUAAUUAACAUUGUGCUUCAGUGCUGGAGUUUCAACUAGUCCCUUAAUGAUGCAAUUUAACUUCUUCCUGAACUUAUAAGCUUGGUUUGGCCAUGUCGUAUUUAUAUAUUCCUUGAUAAUGAUAGCAAUCGAAAGCGUUUAGGUGAAAAUGAAAAUGCACAUUGCAUAUGCACUUGCCUAAUAAGAGUACGUAAAGCAAUAGUGCAUACCAAAUCAAUGUCAAAUCCGCUCUGGUUGCAUUGCAUCUGUGGUGACCCCAACUUCGGUUGUUCUGGAAUUGGGUUAGCUGUGGAGUAUCUUUUGCAACUUAUGGAAUUCUGUUAUUAUUUUGCGGCACCAUUUUUUACUCGUUCUCGAUGAUGAACUGCUCAUUUUCUUUUGCGACUCUCGCACAUGCCAGCUUGCACAGCGUUUUGGACAUACCGGUGACACGUUACAUGCUGGACGUACAUCAUCGCUUACUCGCGAAAGCAGCUUAGAGUAGUCUUUUGGCCAUUCUAUAUUUAAGAGCAAGCGACGUACACUAUGAAAUGUAUGAUCUGCACUAUUUUUGUACACACGUUUUGAGAAGGCUUCGGCCCGAAAGUCAACUGUGUUGAUGGACCAAACCUUCUUAUUUUCUUUUUACCGAGCCUCGAAAUAUUCUCGCAAGACCCUUUCCCCAUUCUCCAUUUUUUCCCACGUGUCGCACGCAGCUGGUGUCGUAAUGACUGAUGAAACCGGUCACUCUCUAAUCUAUACAGAGCUCUCGCUCCAGCAUGCUUUGGCUUGUGGCUUUGCAUAGAACUCUCAUCGUGCUUCACUGUGGGUGUCAGUAGGCGGGUAGACGAAAUGCACAGGGACUACCGUCUUUUUUGCUGCUGGUAUUUCUUGUAAUCAUCUCUUUCAGUGCUGGCACGAGUGGCUGCUGUAGAAAGCCCUCUGAUGUAUAUGAUUUGUUGUGUAUGUUCUACGACAUAUAUUUACUCGUAGCAGACGACGUGCUCUGCUGUCUGCCAUGCACUGUUACGAAAAAUCUGCAGUCUGUAUGUGGGUGUACACACUUCACUCUGCCAAGCACUGCCUCUCGGUGUUUCAGACUGGUUCUUUGUGGUAUAGUCUUUCAUUGAAAUCAUAGGAAUAACGCCGCUGCUAUUUCAGUGGCUUGAUCACGUUGCUACUACAAUCUCUAAAACUUAAAAUGAAGCCGCUGGUAUAGCAUGCCUUUAUUUUAACUGAGCUUCAAAAGCUUGUUCAAGAGCUGGUUCAAGUGAGUAUGGGAAGCAAAGUCUGUAGUGAGCUGUUUGCUUCGAUGACAAGCUGUUUCACACUUGCAAGCAUUCCUAACACAUUCAUUAGGACUCUUGGAAACUAUUAGUGGUGACCUGCUUUGUGAGACUUUAAUGAGCUAGGUAAAUUCUUAAGGACACAAUUAAUCUCCUACUGUAUAACUAAAGUGAUUAAAAAUGCAAGGUAUUUGCUAUCAAAUAUGUAGUAAUCUUAUGCAUUACAGAUUGAUGAAUAAGUACUACAUUUAAAAAAAAAAAUGUAUUGUAUCGCAGGUACACAGGAUAACGGAAACAAAGAUGCAUGGAUGCAGCUGCACUUUUACUAAGUGGGUAUGGAAACAUCUCACAAAAAGUCAAAUAGCUUGCACAUGAGCUAUAUCAUACAUAACAGGACAAAAAUAACUAAAUAGCAGUGUGCUAACUACAACAAAGGCAAAGCACAAACAUUAAAGAGCCAUGCCGAUGUUUCGGAUUGAAAAUAAAUCGUGAAGUGCAGCUCCAAGUCGAUAAGCACGUGCAGUGAGCAUUCGAGCCACGUGAAGGCAAUGUGAAGAGUUUUGUCUCAGAAUUUCGCCAUAUUGCUCGGUCUAUGCAGCUGUUCUUUCUUUUCACGCGAUUUUGAAGAACAUGAUUUGCUGUUGAGUCGCUCAUAGAAACAGGUUGCAAUCAUGAAGCAAACUGCAUCACUCCCGCUUAGCGACAGCUUUCGAUAUUCCGUAACUGCAUUUUUUUAGUUGCUGCCUCAAAGAUGAUGGCCCUAGUUUGCUGCCUUAAGACACUGCUGUGCCUCGCACUGGUGCCUCUUGGUCUACUGUGCCUGCAAUGUUGAAAGCUGCCAAUUGCUCAUAUUUUUCCAACGCAGAGGUGUUGGGCAUUGAGUGCUCGCAUUGCCACCAAGCUGGGCCGACCUCGAUGAGUGCAUUGUCACAGAUUGGUCAAUUUCCUGGGUUGCUGUUUUCGUGCAACUUCUCUCGCAUAACCAUCGUCCUAGUCAGCUGGCAACUGCUAGGCAAGUCAAUUUGUCGAGUGAUGUUGCGCCACCUGAAGAAUCGUCAUCGAACUCUUGCAUAUUCCUUGCAGAGUCGAAUGAUCCGUGCUGGGAACUUGAUGUUCACGAAAUUCAGAACUAGUCUUUUGUCAUCAUAAUGACUCCGACUUCUUGUAACCAAGGGGGAUACACGCCCUCUCUUGUUUGUCUCUACCAUCAAAGACAUGCCGCAGGGCUUACUAGUAAGCCGUAUGGAUUACCUUAGAGGGGUCAAUUCUGACGGGGUACAUUGUUGUUUUAAAAAAUUUACUUAUUAUUUUGCAUCCUUAAUUUCAAUAUAGCUGUUUGCUCACCACUGUAGGAUGACAGUUACCUUGAAAGCUUAAUUUUGGUUGAGUCAAUUCUAAAAUUAAGUAUAGCUUGGGGAGAUUCCCAGGAUGCCUUUUAGUUGGUGAAAUAUUCAAAAAGGCAGAUUUCUGAACAAGUCAUCAUACCUCCAUUUUUUACCAACUUCCUCAAACGGCAACAUGGAGGCUUUGCCUAGACAAGAAAACAUUUUCAAUGAUGCGUUUCAUUUUGUCACUAGGAUGGGGGUAGUGUUUUAUUUUACUUUAUAGCAAGAAGUAUUAAGCUGAAAUUUCGUCAUUAAUAAUGGACUGGUGAUUGCUAUGCAUCACCUGCUUUUGCAUACCUUUGCAUAUUUUGAUGCCACGCAGGAAAUUGAGUGAUUGUUACACAAGCAACAUAACUAUUCUGUGACAAUGACCUCACUGAGGGCAGUCUUCACAAUCUCAAGAGAGAUGCUCUGUGUUGUAAUCACACUAUGCAGGUGUCGGGAGCGUAGAUCUGAUAUAUUUGCCAGCUAGAUGCCUUCGCAAUUGCUAAAGCAAUGCAUGCAACUUGCGUUUGCGAGCUUGAUUGGAACCAAUGAGACGUCUUAUAUACAGGCUGCCUGAAGUGUAUGCUGUUGUAAUGUUGAAAGCUGUGUACGAAAUAAAUAUUUUACAAAUGCAAA